AUGUCUUUACCAUGGUUACCUUAUUUUCAUCCUCUUCUCCUUCUCGCCGCACUUGUCUUUACUCUUUCAUCGUCAUUUCUGCUACUACUAUCUCACCUGAAACCAGCUACGGAUGGCCGAAAACAACCUCCAGGUCCACCGGCCUGGCCGGUGAUCGGCAACCUCCACCUGCUGGGCACCCUCCCCCACCGAUCCCUUCAAUCUCUUGCCAAACGAUACGGUCCCGUCAUGUCCUUACGACUAGGACAGGUCCCUGCUGUUGUGAUCUCAUCCCCUGAAGCCGCCGAGCUUGUCCUCAAGACGCACGAUGUCGUUUUCUCGAGCCGUCCGAGAACUCGGGCUUCUGAGUCCCUGUCCUAUGGCUCCAAGGGAAUGGCUUUCAGAGAAUAUGGUCCCUACUGGCGCAGCGUGAGGAAGCUCUGCACUCUGCAGCUUCUGAGCGCGUCCAAAGUGGAGAUGUUUGGUCCCAUAAGAAGGGAGGAGCUAAGAGACGCGGUGGAGUCGAUAAAAAAAUCGGCGGCGGCGCGUGAGGUGGUGGAUGUGAGUGAGAAGGUGGGGGAGGUUAUAGAGGGCAUGAUCUACAGAAUGAUAUUGGGGCGCAAGAGAGACGAUAGGUUUGAUGUUAAGGGAAUCGUCCAAGAGACGCUCAGCUUGGCGGGAGCUUUCAAUAUUGCAGAUUUCUUGCCUUUCUUGGGCCCUUUUGAUAUUCAGGGUCUUACAAGACGCUUAGAGAAGAAUGGGAAGGAAAUUGAUGAGAUGUUAGAAACGAUCAUUAAGGAGCACGAAGAGGAACAAGCAUUGCAGAUCAGGGAACACAAGGACUUCGUUGACAUAUUACUCUCUUACCUAGACUCUCAUGACGAUGACCAAAACCCUGUCAAAGAUCGAAGCAAUAUGAAGGCCAUACUUUUGGACUUGAUCUCUGGUGCAAUCGACACUUCCAUCACUGUCAGUUUGUGGGUUUUCUCAGAACUCUUGAAGAAUCCAAGGGUAAUGAAAAAACUCCAAUGUGAACUGGAAAACGUUGUCGGAAAAACAAAAUUGGUCGAGGAGGUUGAUUUGCAGAGGUUGACUUACUUGGACAUGGUGAUCAAAGAGACUUUUAGACUGCAUCCUGUUGUGCCAUUACUGCUCCCUCGCGUCACCAUGGAGGAUAUAACAAUCAAUGGAUAUUAUAUAAGGAAGAAUUCACGAGUCAUUGUGAAUGUUUGGGCUAUAGGACGUGAUCCAAAAAUAUGGUCGGAUGACGUUGAAGCGUUUUAUCCAGAGAGGUUCAUGAAUAGCAAUGUUGAUCUUCGAGGACAGGACUUCCAACUCACACCAUUUGGUUCAGGUCGAAGAGGAUGUCCUGGUAUGCAUUUGGGUUUAAUUGCCGUGAAAUUUGUGAUAGCACAAUUGGUACAUUGCUUUAACUGGGAACUUCCACAGAGCAUUUCUCCUGAUGAGUUGGAUAUGACUGAGAAAUUUGGCCUAUUAAUUACAAGAGCUAAUCACUUGCUAGCUCUCCCGUCUUACUGCCUAGCAGUUAAUUAG